CGCUAAACAGCUGAUCCAUCAGGGUGGGUGAAUAAGUUCGACUCUUUCUGGUAUUUCUACUGGAUCAUUCACCAAAAAAUGUGCCUAACAGAGAUCUGAGCCAUAUAUCUGAGGUAGUGUGUUUAAAAAAAAAUCGAGAGGGGGCCGCCGCUGAUGAGGCGAUGAAGUGCAGAGAAUGAGCGCUGUUCCUUGGCCUACUACUAGUGCUGCUGCAGCUGGGAUUGUGCAGAGCCGCUUCCACAAACCGAGAAAAAUACUCGCUUUGUGCCACAUUGCCAAACACACGCUGUUGGUUUCACGGUGACCGACCUCCAAAUGGAUAUAGCCGUGACAACAUGAAUCAAUCAUACAGACCAGCUGUUCGGGUAGGCUCAGUGUUUGGCUCAAGCCAAGCAGAGCGGAGGCCCCGCAAUGGUCUUGUGAGCACUUCCUAUGGAAACCAAUGUGGCAUUGUGAGUCGUGGGUCCGAUCAACUGCCAUCUUCCAGCCUCAAACAGCCAGCUGUACUUGGGUACAACCAACCAACCGACCGAUCUCACUGCUACAGCCCGCUGAAGAGGCUGCAGGACCUGAACACUGGGGUCACAAGGCCUGAUGUGGAGAGGAACCUCCACCCUAGGAAUCAAUUGCACUGUGCAAGCCCAAUCAGCGAUGAUGAUGAUGAUGAUGAGUUUGAGGCACCAUCAGUCCAGUUGCCACCUUCUCCAGGCAAUGACGACAUGGAGCCCUUGGAGGCUCUGCAGGACUCAAACAGAAAUGGCUUCUCCCCUCACAGUCCUGAUAGUUUGGAGCGCUGUUCUCCCAUCCCCAAUGGCUACCUGCAUUUUGAGUCCACGCUGUUUGACAGCAGUGACAUUAAAGAGGAGGACGAGGAGACGGAGCACAGUAGUGAUGAGGACUUGGCGCCUUUUCACCACUCCCCAAAGUUGAGUCUGGACCAAACUGUGAGUGACAGUAAGACCACGUGCAGCUCAGGGGCGGAUAAAAGAACAUAUAAACCUACUGUCUUUAAUCUGAUGUCCAAAACUAUAUCUGAACUCAACCCUACACUAAGCCCCAGUGCACUGCCAGAUAUGACUAUGAGAGAUGGGUGGAGCUUGGGUGAGGAAUCAGACAGUGAUGAUGAACUUAUCUCUCCUGUUGACCCUGGACUUAUUUCACCAGCCGGCACCAACUCUAAUUCCAACAGCCCAAAGAAAAAGCCUCUUCCUGCAGUGAAAUACGUGGAAGGUGACUUGGUGUGGGCUAAAUUUAACAGACGGCCCUGGUGGCCUUGCCAUAUCUGUUGUGACCCAGACAAGGGGGGCCACACUAAGAUGAAAGUUCCCAGUCCCCGUCCUUGUCGGAUGUAUUUCCUAGAGACGAUUGGAGAGAUUAUUGAAAGUGCUUGGGUCCAAGGGAAUGCCAUUCUUCCUUUUGAAGGAGGUCAUCAGUUUGAAGACUUACCUGUGCUGAGACGGAGAGGGAAACAGAAGGAAAAAGACUACAAGUAUACGAUACCCAAAAGUUUACUGACUGCAUGGAAGGUCAGUGUGGCAGAAGCCGAGUAUAUGCUCCCAGAUCGACAAAAGAAGACUGAAAGCGUGCUUUCAAUAUCUGUCAAUGGAGAGGAGCGGGUGCCAAGCCCACUCCCGGCUGAAAAGCCACAGGAGGCCCCCUCUGUCACUGUGGACCCUGGUCAACCCCCAUCACCCAAUAUGGCCCCCAACGGAAAUGAGCCCGAUAUCAUCAAAAACUCUGCUGCUGUUCAGUCCAAUAAGAACAAAGCCUGUAAGAAGAAAAAGAAAUGUUUGUCAGACAUAUUUGGUCAUAUAGUUGGCGGUUCAAAAGAGUCAUCUACCAUCACAAAAGUGGUGGAUCAGUUUCAUCCUACAACUCGUGCACUGAAAGAAGAGCCAAAGGACUCACCGUAUGCAGACCUGGACUCAGUUCCUAUGCUGCAUCGUCCUAAACGCACAGCAAUGUCUCCGGUAGAGGAUACAGACAGAUUGGUCAGAAAAGAACAGGGUUCAGCUAAAGCUAAAACAAAGUUUACUGAAAAAGUGAACCAUUCUAUAGAUUCCUGUGACAUGCCAAGCAUUGCAACAAAAAAAAUUACAUCUAAAAACACAAACUCUGAGCAGAGUUUGGACAGCUGUAAUGAAUUGUCUCACAGUACAACUGAAAAGCACUCUAUGAAUCUUCCUGCCAGCAGUCGUCUGAUGACGAGAGCUCUGAAAGCGGAGGAAGAGACUGAUCUCAAAGAUGCACUGGCCGCAAGCCAAAUCUCAACAGAUGCCCAUGUUAAUAACUGUCCUGAUCAUACACCUACUGAUGCACCCAUCAAAACUGAAAUGUCUCCUAACUGGGAAUUUCCUAGCAACGUAACAUCACCUGUAAAUCACAUCUCGCCAAAAAGGCGUGCGAGGAAGCCUGAUAAGAAACAAAUUCGAAAUGGCUCGUUGAUAAAGCCCAAGUUUGUUGGGUCUGGUGUAUCGACUGUGCAACCUGUUGAGAUCAAGACAGAAAAUGCUGCCCCUGAUGUUUCAUCAUCAUCUUCUCCAUCCUCAUCUCAGACCCUGAUGGAUGCCUUCCAGGAUCCCAAGGAACUAAUGUUUAAAUCUCUUGUGAAGGAGGACAGCAGUGACUCAGAAUCGACAGUGUUUCGGCCGGAUUCUAACUAUAAAUUCAGUACCUUCCUGAUGCUCUUAAAGGACAUGCAUGAUACCAGAGAAAAAGAAGGUAAACCCCUGAUUCUCCCACCAUCACCAGUUCUGAUUAAGGAGGAACCCCUCGUCAUCCCUACUUCUAAAGAAGGAGACCCGCUGAAGGGUUCGUGUGAUGGUUUCACUCAGAGGAUAAAAACAGAGAAUGGGCAGUCGGGGAAGUCCACAACAGCCCAAAACAGAGCAAUGAAGCCCAAGAACAGGACAAAAGCUAUCAUGACGGCUGACACCUACCACUGUCGAGACUUUCCUUUAAACUCUCAGAUCUGGAACUCGGACAAGCAGCGUAGAAAGCAAAAACUACCCGCCAAACUGAAACUUAGCAUACCUGGCCUCUCUUCGGACCUGGCUGAUUUGGCUUACGGCAGGGAGUUUGUCAGUGGCCAUGCUGACUUAGCUGAUUCUACGCCACGUCCUCCCAUCGCUGCUGAUCCUUCAGCCAGCUACCUCGAAAAGAACUCAGGAUCCACAGUGGCUCCAAAGAAACGCUGGCAGUUGCUGGAGGAGACUGCUGGGCAUAAGGAGGAAGUUACGAGUGAGGUAUCUACAGAGAUAAAUGGAUCCUACACCAUAAGAACUACGCCAACAUCACCAGAUCUUGAUCUGGGAAUGGAGAAGCAAUCGGAGAAUGACUCGUACUUCUCAGAGACGAGCAGUGGCGCUGGAAAUUUAGAGAACAAACGUCUGCGGAAACCAACUAAAAGACUCCUGGAGUCAACUGAGGAAUACGAACAAAUAUUUGUCCCAAAAAAGAAAUCAAAGAAACACCCAUCAGAAUCUUCCAAAAUGCAGGCAUCAGGGUUGACGACACUCCAUGAUCUCAGCAGCACGCCAGGAAUAAUUACCUCAGCCUCGACCUCGAUCUCGUCUUCGUCUUCUGUAGAGCCCACGGAGCCUCCUUCAGAGCUGGAACAGUGUCCAUCUCAGGAUGAGCUUUCUCCUGUGGCACCCUCAGUAUCUCCAGUCACAACACAACCCUCUGUUGACACAGAGGCAGCAGAAGAAACUGAUCUACCUCCUGAAGCUGGCACAGUAGUUCAAGAAAGAAAGAGGCCAAGGAAGCUGUCGCACAGGGUGCUGGAAUGUACCAUAGAAGAAGUUUCUGGUACUCCUGCAAAGAAGAAGGAGCUGAAGCGACACAGUGGAGUUACUUCAGAGGUGAAAGUCUUAGUCAAGAAAACUCAGGUUGGAGCUGUGAAGAAAGAGAAGCCUGCAACCAGCACAUCCUCUGCCCCUGCCCCUGUCCCUGCCGCUGCUGCUGCUGUCUCCAAGCAGUCAGAAAGCAAAGAUAACCUUGAGGGAGCUAAUUCAAACAAACCCCCCAGCCCCCGAGUAUCUAAGACCCCCAAGCAGGAGGCAGAGAUAGAGGCCAGCGGCACUGUGGAGAAGCAAAUUGUACACACUGGAACACUAACUCCCAAACCUGAGGUGCUGCCUGUUGCCUUGAAUGACAGCCUUUCUUCCCAAGUGGAUGUAAAAGGAAAAAUAGGAGCUACAUCCUUAAAGGAGAAUGUCUGUCAGGUGUGUGAGAGGACAGGAGACCUGCUGGUGUGUGACGGCCACUGUUAUGGAGCCUUUCACCCGCAGUGUAUUGGCCUGUCAGCCGCUCCGAAGGGAAAAUUCCUCUGUAGCGAAUGCAACACUGGUGUCCACACAUGCUUUGUGUGUAAGAAGUCUGGCAGUGGCGUGAAGCGCUGCAUGAUACCACUGUGUGGGAAGUUCUACCAUACCGACUGUAUACUGGCCUACUCGGCCACAGUGUCGCAUAACAAAAGCAUCCGCUGCCCUCUGCACGUGUGCCUGUCCUGCCACAUCACCAACCCUCUCAACAUCGGCAACUCUAAAGGCCGGUUGGCUCGAUGCGUACGCUGCCCUGUGGCCUAUCAUGCCAAUGACAACUGUAUGGCAGCAGGAAGCUUGGUGCUAGCAAACAACAGCUUCCUCUGUCCAAACCACUUCACUCCACGCAAAGGCUGCAAGAAUCACGAACACAUCAAUGUGAGCUGGUGCUUUGUCUGCUCUGAAGGGGGCAGUCUGCUGUGCUGUGAAGCCUGUCCUGCUGCUUUCCAUCGGGAAUGUUUGAACAUGGAGAUGCCUCAGGGCAGCUGGUUCUGCAAUGACUGCAAAGCUGGAAAGAGGCCUCGUAUUAAGGACAUACUGUGGGUCAAAUGGGGACGCUACAGGUGGUGGCCAGCUGAAGUCUGUCUGGCCAAAGAUGUCCCAAAUAACAUCUUGAGGAUGAAACAUGAGGUGGGAGAGUUCCCAGUUCAAUUCUUUGGCUCCAGAGAUUUUGUGUGGACGUACCAGGCCAGAGUCUUCCCCUACAUGGAGGGUGACACUCACAACAUCGAGAAAAUGGGAAAGGGUGCAGAUGCAGUGUACAAAAAGGCCCUCGGUGAAGCAGCAGAACGUUUUAAAGAGCUCCAGGCAGAAAAAGAGAUGAAGCAGCUUCAGGAGGACAGAAAGAACGACAAGAAACCUCCUCCAUACAGACACAUUAGGGUAAACCGGCCAGUUGGGAAGGUGCAGAUCUUUACUGCUGACCUAUCCGAGAUCCCGCGUUGUAACUGCAAGGCGUCUGACGAGAACCCGUGCGGCAUCGAUUCAGAAUGCAUUAAUCGCAUGCUGAUGUAUGAGUGCCACCCUCAAGUGUGUGCGGCAGGGGAGCGAUGUCAGAACCAGGCCUUCACAAAGCGCCAGUACACGACCGUGGAGAUUUACAGGACGCUGUCCUGCGGCUGGGGCUUACGCAGCGUUAUGGACAUCAAGAAGGGAGCCUUUGUGAGUGAAUAUGUGGGAGAGGUGAUCGAUGAAGAGGAAUGCCGAGCCAGGAUCAGACAUGCCCAGGAGAACGAUAUCUGUAACUUCUACAUGCUUACACUGGACAAGGACCGGAUCAUUGAUGCCGGACCCAAGGGGAACCAAGCUCGCUUCAUGAACCACAGCUGCCAGCCAAACUGUGAGACUCAGAAGUGGACUGUGAACGGGGACACACGGGUCGGACUAUUUGCUCUACAAGACAUCCCUAAAGGUGUAGAGCUGAAGUUCAACUACAACCUGGAGUGUCUUGGCAACGGGAAGACUGCCUGUAAAUGUGGAGCACCCAACUGCAGUGGAUUCUUGGGUGUUCGGCCAAAGAACCAGCCAUCAGCUGAAAAACUGAAAUUAAAGGAAGGGAAGAGGAAAGUCCCUGUGAAGAAGAAGACCAAGCAAGAAGUGACCAAGGAGAGGGAAGACGAGUGCUUCAGCUGUGGUGACGGGGGGCAGAUAGUGUCCUGUAAGAAGCCGGGCUGCCCGAAGGUUUAUCACGCUGACUGUCUCAACCUGGCCAAGAGACCUGCAGGGCGAUGGGAGUGUCCAUGGCACCAGUGUGAUGUCUGUGGUAAAGAGGCAGCUUCGUUCUGUGAGAUGUGCCCCAGCUCUUACUGUAAGGAGCAUCGUGAAGGCAUGCUCUUCAUCUCGAAGCUGGACGGCAAGCUGUCCUGCAGUGAACACGACCCCUGUGGGCCUGACCCGCUGGAGCCAGGGGAGAUCCGUGAAUACAUGCCCAACAUGACCUCCAUGAGGCCCGGGGCCAUGGGUGUGCCUCUCACUCUGGCCCCAGACUCCAAAGAGCAAAGAGCCGGUUCUGCUCCCAUCACUCCUCCUUCUGGCCAGGCUGCGACGACCACGCCAGGGCCUCCUCCUCGCCUCUAUAUCAACACAAAAACUGCUACCUCGAGCUUCAUCCCCUCCAACAGAUCCUACCUCACAGACAGGACUGAAGGGAAAGUGUUUUCCACUCCCACCUCCUCUAAGGACGAGAGAGAGGACGGUGAGGUGGAGGACGGGGAGGUGUGUGGUUUGGAGGUAGAAGACGUGGAAGAUGAUGAUGAUGAUGACGAUGAUGAUGAUGAUGAUGACGAAGAAGGAGAGGAGGAAGAGGACGAAAUGGAGGAGAUGGAGAUAGUGGAAGACGAGGAGGACGAGCCGCUGUAUGGAGGCGACCUGCUGGAGGAAAACGACAACGAAGAGGAGGGCGAAGGAGGGGAUGUGUAUGACACUUGGGGUGAUUAUGGGGACGAUGAUGCUGAUGACGGAGAGGUGGAGGGGGAGGACUUGGACGAGUGGGGAACAGUGGAGGACGAUGACAAGUGACUCCAUCCAUCCGUUCCUUCGGCUCAGCAAAAACUCUCAGUAAACAUUUAAAGGACAAAAAAGUUAGCAAAGACUACGAGAGAUAUUUUGGUACCUACAUGAACGCGACACUGCCUUCACUUCGGUACCGCGUUGCCUUCUCAUCCCCAGGCUGCUGGACUGACAGUGGGGACGUGUACUGGUGCUAAGGCUCAAGGACUGAUUCAUCAGUCUCUUUAUACUUCUGUCGAUGUGUUUAUUUGUGUCUGGUGCUGUUCUUUUGUUUGUUCUCUCAACAUUGUUUACAAUUUUUUUUGGCCUUUUUUUUUUUUUUUUUUUAAAUGUUUCGAAUAUAAGAAAAAGGUGAGAGGGUUACAUCUGACCAAACUGUCACCAAUAACAGCAUCUCAUGUUACUGUCUUAACCUUGUCUUUCUAAUUACAAGAGUGAUCAAAAUAGUGUUCUCACUGGUCCAUGUUACAGUUAAGCACAGCAAUACCAGCUUGGUGCUUCUGAGGAAUGCAAAAAUAAACCCACUGGAGUCCACAAGGCUUUAGAUGAUUUUUCUCACUACAAAAACUGAUUUUUCUACAAAUUCAUCCUUUUUCCCCUCCACACAGGUAGGUCAGAGCUCAGGAUUUAGAGGCACAGAGAAAUAAAGCAAUGUCAUGACGUUAUACAAUCUCCAAAUGCAUCACAGAUAUCACUGCUGUCCCAUUUACUAAAGUAGAAAAAUAAAAUCUAAGUACUUAUUCA